GCUGUUUCCUGUCUACAGUGUCUGUGUAAUGUAGAUAAAUGUGAGGAUUUUCUCUAAAUCCCUCUUCUGUUUGCUAAAUCUCACUGUCACUGCUAAAAUCAGAGCAGAUAGAGCCUGCGCAAUGGAAUAAAGUCCUCAAUAUUGAAAUGUGACAUUGCUCUCAACAUCUCACAUCUCUCUGGAUUUCUUUUUUCUCAUCAUUACUGCUAACAAAUUCAUUUCCAGACUUUGCACUUUCAAGAAGCAAUGGAAAAAAUCAACAGUCUUUCAACACAAUUAGUUAAGUGCUGCUUGUGUGAUUUCUUGAAGGUGAAGAUGCACACUGUGUCCUACAUCCAUUUCUUCUACUUUGGCCUGUGUUUGCUUACCUUAACCAGUUCUGUUGCUGCUGGCCCAGAAACACUCUGUGGUGCUGAGCUGGUUGAUGCUCUUCAGUUCGUGUGUGGAGACAGAGGCUUUUACUUCAGCAAGCCCACAGGGUAUGGAUCCAGCAGUAGACGCUUGCACCACAAGGGAAUAGUGGAUGAAUGCUGCUUCCAGAGCUGUGACCUGAGGAGGCUGGAGAUGUAUUGUGCUCCAAUAAAACCGCCCAAAUCCGCGCGGUCCGUACGCGCCCAGCGCCACACCGACAUGCCCAAAGCACAAAAGGAAGUGCAUUUGAAGAACACAAGUAGAGGGAACACAGGAAACAGAAACUACAGAAUGUAAGAACAUGCCAUCCACAAGAAUGAAGAAUGAAUGUGCCAUCUGCAGGAUACUUUGCUGUAAAUAAAUUAUUUGUUAAACAUUGGAAGACUUAAAAAACCUUUGUUUUAAAAAGCUUGAUGCAAUUUCAACCAAUGGGCAUUCUCCCAGUGAACAAUGCAACUAAACAUUCCAAUAUUAAGUCUUUAGAAAACAGAACAUUUUAACCAAACCUAAAAAAUUCUGUGGUUGAUAUAUUGCUGUUUGUUAACCUGUUUUAUCUGUCCUGCACAAAAACUCUUAAAGUCCUGUGCCCCUCAAAAGCCUACAAAUUUUUGGGCCUUUGAUGGAUCCAAUUGCACUAAAUUAACCUAUGAA